AUGACGCCUAGCGCCUGCGAGCUUCCAUCCUACGGCGAGGCCACGGCCGCCAUCGACGGCUGGGCCGUCAUCGCCCCCUACGUCCCGGUCCGUGCUUACAUCAGCCUCUGUCUGGUUUCGUCCAGGCUGUACGGCCACUUCGCUCCCCGGCUCUGGAAUGAUCCUCUACGUGCUGUCCAGCUCUUGGGGCUACAUCGCAACGACGAGCUCCACUGGUAUCUGCACCGGUUCAUCGGCCGCUCCGUGAGCAUCUCCAGGGCCUCGACGCGCGCUCUUGUGUUCACUCUGGACUUUAGGGAUUUUGGCCGCGCCACCGCCGACUUCCUGUCGGACGAGGUCGUGCAUGCGUCCAACGACACGCUUCGCCAGUGCCAGACGCUGUUCCCAGCGCUGCGCUGCUUGCUCCUCGAUUCACAUCCCGUCUUCGACCCUAGUGCUCUAGCCUGGCAGUCCCCGGGUGAACAGGAUGGCCAGGGUCAGCAGCGCCCUCUGCUCCUUAGCGCUGUAGGCCGCAGCCCUGAGCUGCAAGCCACGUACCUUGCAUCCGACUACAUGAAAAGCCUGGUCUAUCUUGACAUCUCGUAUCUCCCUGGCUCCCUGCGGGCUGCCCUGAGCCGACGGGCAAUCGGGCCUGCCACGCUUCCAGGCCUCAGGGUGCUCAAAGCUCGGGGCCGUGAGCUAGAGGACGAUACAGCUGUCUUGCUCGGCAUUCGGCUCAUGCGACAGCUUUGGAGCCUGGACCUGGGCGGCAACCGCUUGACGGAGCAUGGCCUCCUGGGGCUGCUUUCGUGCUGCCUCUCACCUCGCGUCUUCCAGUCGGACGACCGUUUCUCGGUGGAGGGGAAGGUCCAUGUCACCCAAAACACCCUUUUAAACGAAUACGGCCCCUACGCGGUCAUCACCGAGUCGGACCACAGUGCUGCGCACAACCACCCGGAUCGACAUUUUGCGGAUACGCCAGCAUACCAGAUGCGUGAUGAUGAGCCCGCCACAACGCAGCGGCCGGAUGGCACGGCCCCCAUCCUAGGCGAUGGACCAGAUGACCUUAUUCACGCCUUGUCUCGAGGUCCCGGCGGUGAUCCGAUUGGUGCUCCAUUGGCCAAUGUCUUGGCCUCCCGCCCCUGUCAGGGGUUUCUAGGACUGAGCCAUCUCACCGUCGAUGGCAAUAGGAUCUCGCUCAAUGGCUUGCAAAAGGCGAUCCGUAGGUCGUAUGGUGCCUUUGAGCACCUCGAUUGCGAGAUGCUGAUGAUGAGGCCGCCGCCUGCCUCACCUGCGGGCACGCAUCUCUCGCCUUCCACUAGGAUCUGUGGCUUCAUUGGGGGCUCCCACCUUCUGCGACCCGUGGUCUCAUCCUGCCUGCGAAGCUUGCGCAUCCACCAUUCGCUUGUAACGCAGGUGCCCACAAUCUUGUCGCUGGAGGAGACGACACCGUCUCUUGCAAAUAUCUGGGUCGCUGAAGAGCUACUGCUUCCAGGGGUUGAGCUUGCCGACACACCGACUGGUGCCUUCGCCCCCGACAUGAACCCUAGACUGACAUGGCUGACGCUGACGAACCUGCCACGACGCUCCACGGGCCGCCUAAUCCAGAAACUGGCAAACUUUGUGGAGCUGGCGUAUGAACAGGAGCGCGCAAUUCUAGACACGGCGGCGGCGCUACAGACCUCCCGUAGGAGCCCGACCCUACUCGCGGGGCUGCGGCGCAUCCGGCUAGAGUUUGAGCCCGACCUGAUUCACGAGGCGGUUGAGGAUUUGGAUCGUGGGGACAACCCCGCGUCUGGUGGCCAUGAUGUCGAGUUCUCAUUCUUCAGAGCCUGGGGUCCCGAGUUACGGCCAUCGACGCCACCUCAGCCGCAACAUGUGGGGGAUAGUCGGACAUGGGCUACGACAGCAGGAACCGCCGGGGAAUCACCGCUGACGGCUAGUGGGCAGAUACUCCCUGGUCUAAGAGAAGGGGAUGUUAUGGUCGAUCCGGACGGAAGUGGGCAGUACGUGACCCGAAGGAUUAUAUGGAACGAGUUCCAGGAGCAGGAGGUGCACGUGUGGAUAGGGCCCGGGGCGGCCGCGUCCCCACACCCGGCAGUGAACGAGUACGUGAGGAUGCUGCGGGAGUUUCCCUCUUUACGUUCUGGCUACCUCGGGGUAGGCCCUGUCACGCCUUCGCAGGUAACAGCCGGCGUGCCGCCGGGCGUGUACAUCUUCCAGUGGGCUUGGGAGGCCAUGAUCUGGCGCGACGUGUGCGGUGGCCGAAGGACCAGCCCCGGCAGGCAGGACCUGCGAUCGAUGCACGACGUUGUGGCGGAGCUGAAGCGGUUCCGCGAGACUUCCAGCAAGGCGGGGAAACAUUGGACCGGUAAACUAGAGGUCGUCACCAAGGUCAGGGCGGCGUCCUUCGAAGCCUGGUAG